AUGUACAAAGAAGGGUGACACGAAGGGUAUUAUUAUGAUGGGGGCUGAAGACCUUGCCAUAGCUCGUGAAAGACAUGUACUCGGCCUGAUAGAUGAGAGAGUUGAGAAGGUUUCAUGUUUAUGAGGAAUGAGCAGGGUGGUGAAGGAGAGGGGAAAUUAUGUGAGAAGUGCCCAGAUGGAGAAUAUUAUGAUAACACUGCAGGGGUUUGAAGAGAAUGAGGUGGAAUUUGAGAUUUGCAGUGAGGAUAUCAACAUUUUUGAUUUCAAUGAAAAGAAGGUGAUGUGUAUGAUUUAGAAAUGAGAGAAUGCAUACAAAUGUCUGAUUGAAUAUUUCCAAAACACUUGUUAUCAAACUCUCAAUAUUUUCUAGGCUCGAUUUGAAGAGCCCUAGAUUACUAUGUAGACCCUUUCACCACUAAGAGUAUUGAACUUGGAACAUUAGAUUUUCCAUAUCGUUCAUUUUCUUCUCUGAGUUCUGAAAUUAUUAACAUUCACUCAAACACGAAUUCCAAUAUCAGUAUCUAUACCAAUGAUGCUUACCUGACAGACAACGAGCUUAUUUUUAUUAAUAUGUCACAUGUAAGACUAUCUUCUCUUCCAAACUAUCAAUCCAUACAACAUGGAGGACUGCUAAAAAAGACUGGAAAUCAGGCAUUGUUGAUCCCAACACACUACAAGCAGCAUGGAAUAACCGAAAGAGCCUUAUUUCAUGCUCUCAAGCACACGGAUACUUUAGUUGAUAAAGCCCUUGAAGAAGGAGGUUUCACAGAAUAUGAACUUUAUGCAUUUUCUUCACAAAUAUCAACUAUAAAACCAUUACGCUCUAGUAUAGAAAUUAAAGAAAUUAAUUUUUACCGCGAAGAAAUUGACUACAAUGAGCCUAACAAGUUGAUCACGCCGAUCUACUUUCAAAACCGUUUGCUCAAAAUUACUGAUUGCUCGUUCAAUGUGACUGGAGAUGUGGUAACCACAUCAGACCCUUUCAACGCUCAUUUGGAGAACAUUCUUGUGGAAGGGUAUAGCUUGGGUAGCUUUGUAUCGGAUAUCCCUGCCAUCUGUAACUAUCCUGAAGCCUUCACACAUGGGCAUUUCUUCGCAAAGAACCUCUCAUUCGUACUUUCUAAAGAGAAGACUACAGUCACAAGUAGUAGGUUUAUCAGGAUGAGUGGGUCUUCCAAUUUCAUUCUUGAGAACAUUGAUAUUGGCGUGUUUCAUGGAGUUUCAACAGACCUUAUCUCAGCAAUAGCCGUGUUACUAAGUGAAACUUGUAUACCAGUCGAUGAUAUUCCUCAGACAAUAGAGUUCCAUGGGCUUAAAAGCCAGAUGAAAAGCCUUCAGGAUCCUGGGAAUAAAUUUGUGCUGACGUCUUUUCUAUCUACUUUCGCUCAUUAUCGACCCGUUUUGCGAAAUCUGAGCAAUUUUGAGUAUUUAAAUUUCAACAACAGUAUUAGCCCUCCCUUGUUUGCUGUUUUUGCUAGUCCCAUGGAUGAGUUUCAUCUUACAAAUUUGACAGUCCACAACAGUGCUUUCAUUGACAGGCUUUUGGAUGUAUGGGAUCUUGGGGUGCUAACUCUGACGAACCUAUCCUUUACUGAGAUUCACAAAUGCACUAGACUUCUGAAAAUCACCAAUUGCUUGAACACAACUUUGGAUGGACUGUCUGUGCAAGAUUAUACAACGCCCCAGUUCCGGAGUAACAAUGAUAUUUCCAUAAGUGUACUUCCAUCCACGAUUGUUAGUAUUAAAAGGUUGAGGUUAAAGUCUUGCAAUCUGUUCGGCCUUCCUUUCUUUGAACUUAUUGGAAGACCUCUAAAGCUAAGCAUCUCAGCAGGGUUCUAUGAAGACAUUCUGAUGGACAAAGGAAUAGCUUUAUUCAAACUAAGGGAUAUUUCAGCUUUUGAGAUGGCUGACCAAAGGUUAAAUAGCAUCACUAUAUCAGCUCAGAUAAAGAACCCACCAAAUAAAUUUCUAGAGAUUUCACAGUUGAGUCUUGGUUCAGAGCCAGUGACUUUGAAGAUAAUCACUUUCCAAAAUGCAGAUUUGGCUCUAGUAGAGGUAAACUCUGUAAUUAAUCAAGGAAUUGUACACAUAGAUGAAGUUACUAUUAGCGAUAGUACUCCAAGAUUCAGAUCAAUUAUCUCAACAAAAGGAUUUGAAGCUACUGGAGAUGUACAGCUGAUUUAUAGCAAUCUGAAGAUCAUCAAUGUUAGUUUUCCAGUUAGCGGGCAAAUAAUGGAAUUCAACCAUUUUCUAGAAAGGCCUGUCAUUCUCAAGGACUCUAUAUUUCAGAAUAUUACAUCGGGAAGUAUUGUAAUGAGAGCUAAAAGUAACAAAAACUCGGCUUUGAAAGCGAGCCUGAAAAUAGAGAAUUGUGCAUUCAGUAAAAUCACAAAUACUAUGAAACCAUUCUUUGAUUUCUCUACUAGUGCGCAUUUAGAAGUAGUAUCAAGCAACUUCACUGAAAUAACAUCCAUUAUUGAAAGCUUUGGAUUUAUCUAUUUAUCAGAGAAUUCAUUUGGAGAAUUUACCAGGUGAACUUUUAUGGAAAAUUCAGCACUCUCAUCAUCUAUUUUCAAAGUUGAAUCAAAAUCUGCUCUAAAAUGUAAUGAGUGAAGUAUAAACUCCAAUUUUGCACUGAAGCAUGGAGUGUUUGAAGUCACUUCUGGUAGCAAGAUAACAUUGACGAAUUCAACAGUGCAUAACAACUAUGCGAUCCAGGCACCUAUUGGAUCAGUUCUUGAAACAGUGGAUGCAUCAGAGUUUACAAAAACAGUGAUAUAUGAGAACUACUGUGUUUCAACUGAAGAAGUGCUCCAGGAAGUGUACGGUAACUGUAACAAGCUUUGCAUGAUAAGCCAAGAACUCAAACAAUAUCUGAAUGAGGACAAAGAAGCAAUUACAAAAACAGAGGUGUCUAGGUAUGCAAUCAGUGUGAUCAGUGGCUCUAUUGAGAUCAAUGAAGGGAGUCAUAUCAGCAGACAAUCAUAUUUAAUGAACUGUUUUCUGUCGAAUGCCAAGAUUUCAGGUGCCACCCUAAGUUCAAUAGAGUUCCUAAAAAUGUAUAUUUUAGCUACCUCGUCAAAUCUGAUAUUAGAAAAUACCUUACUGAAAACAGUGAAUACAAGUCAAAGUGGGAUGAUCCUCGCUGCUUCUCAAUCUACAGUGCACCUUAUGAACGUAUCAUAUUCUGGAUCUAACUCAUUGCUAUUGAAAUCUUGUUCCUCUGAAGUGUAUGCUCUCAAUCUUACGUUUUAUGGCAUUAUUGGCCCGAGUGUUUUGAUGGAUAUCAAUAGAUCUCCAGACUCUCAUUUAUCAGAUAUUAAGGUUGAUAACUGCUUUGUUCAAGAUACCAAAGUGUUUAAUAUACACAAGUGUCGAAAUGUGAAGAUCUCCAAUAUGUCUCUAUCUAACUACCACAAAACUUUGUUCGAGAUUACAAACUCCAAAGUUGAACUGAUCGAGAAUUUACAUGUCUCUCACUACUAUAGAGCGGUAGAACUCAUUAAUAGCAAUGCAAAAUUGGUGGCAAAUUCAAGUUUUUCAUAUUUAGGAAAUGAAGAGUUAUUUCAUGCUGGAGCUGUUUUGAUCAGUAAUAGUAAUGCAAGCUUUUAUAACACAACAUUCACUAAGAAUAAGGCAAUAUCGGGAGCAGCAAUUGCUUCUCUUUGAUCAAAUGGCAUUAAUUGUCAAGUAGAAUUCCAGAAAUGAGUAUUUCUGAUGAACUCUGCCACUGAAAAAGGUGGAGGUAUUUAUUAUAAUUACAGACCUCCUGUAAUUGACAAUCAGACACUAUUUUCUAACAACACAGCGCAAUAUGGCAGAGAUUAUGCUAGUUACCCUGUGAGGGUAGGAUUUCUGGAUGAUAAUUCAUCAAAUCAAAUCUUUAUCAAUCAAGUUUCCUCAGGACUUGGAAUAAACCAGAACAUAAGAUUAUCAUUACUUGAUGGAGACCAUCAAGUAAUGAUAUUAGAUAACUCAAGUCAUAUAAAUAUUAACUCCGGCUCUCCAAAAUCUUCAAUCAAAGGUAUCAAUGUUGAAAGGAUAGUUAAAGGAAUCACCGAGUUUUCGAACUUGAUACCAGUUGCUGAGCCUGGAACUUCUAAUGUAAAAUAUGUAAUCUCUUCUAAAUCUAUUGACAAAAUGAAAAUUAAGCAUAUAUUUGGCACCUCUGUUGUUCAACCUGAAAUUAUCAUCAACUUCAGUUACUGCAAGCCUGGAGAGCGAGUUAUUAACAACCAAUGAUACGAGUGCCCUGCUGGCACUUAUUCAUUCACUUGGAAUUCACCCCAAUGUCACCAGUGAGAAAGCAAUGCUAACUGAUUAGGAAGACAACAAAUGCAAGUUGCUAAAGGCUACUGGAGAAUGUCUGGAAAUUCUACAAAAAUAGUUGAGUGAUUGAGAAAAGAAGCCUGUCAAGGAGGAUACCAUCCAGAAAAUGAAUACCCUGUUGAAUGCACUCUUGGAUACACUGGCAAGCUUUGAUCUAAGUGUCAAAUUACUGAUGAAAAGAAGUACCACAAGAUAGGGGAAUUUGAAUGUCAAGCAUGUCCUGAGCCUAUCAUGAAUGCUGUCAAAGUAAUUACCUUAGUAAUCAUUGUAUUUAUUUUCCUCAUGGUCAUUAUUGUAGCAAAUGUGAGGAGAACAACUGUCAGCCAGUUUUCUAUUUUAUUGAGGAUUCUUAUGAAUUAUUUACAUAUAAUCACAAUGACAAUGUCAAUGACGACUAAACAUCCUUCUUCUCUCGUAGGUAUUUUGUUGCCUCUCAAUAGGGUAGGAGAUCCUUCAGGGAAUUUAUUGUCGUUUGACUGUUUUAUCUCUGAUUAUGUAAUUACAGGACCUUUUGACUCGAAUGCUUUUUUGAAGCUCUUUUUAAUGCUUCUGCUCCCCAUUGUCUUGUUCUGUGCAGUUGCUUUGAUAUGGGGGAUCAUCAUAAUGAUAAAUACAGGUUGGGUCAAAGAUAUUAAAAGAAACCUUGUUAUAUCCUUCAUCAGUAUUUUAUUUAUCUUCCAUCCAAAGCUUGCUGAGUCUAGCAUCAAUGCAUUCAGAUGAGUCAGGAUUAAUGAUACUACACGUGCGGUGCAAAUCGACACAGAUAUUGAAUGUUAUUCCUUAACUCAUAUAAAAUGGUGAAUAUUGAUCGCUCUUCCCAUUAUUGUAAUUUGGGUGGUGGCAAUUCCAAUAACCGGCCUCGUUCUUCUGUAUAAGGCCAAUAGAUCAAGAAAUCACAGAAUUCUUGGCUACUUCUUGAUUCUGUACCAAGGGUUCAAAGAUGAAAAAUUUUACUGGGAGUUCUUCAAUACUCUGAGAAAAAUUUUAAUUGGAAUUUCGUUCUUGUUUCCCAAUAACUACAAAAUUGGGGUUUCUCUGGUAGUGAUGAUCAUAAGUGAAAGACUUGAACGGUGGCUUCAACCUUAUUGAGAUGUUGAGAACAAUAAUAUAGCCCUCUUAUCCACUACAGCAAGUAUUAUUACCCUAAACGGUAUCCUUGUUUUUGAACGUGAUGAGCAUAUUAGUAACCUCAAUUCAUUUAUCAUAUUAGUCAUUUCUGUAGCAAAUGCGAAGUUCCUUCUAGAAUGGACCAUAUUGUGCAUCAAAUGAUUCCAAAACAAGGCUAAAGUUUUAAAAUAUCUAUACCUGCUGAUUGCAACAAUUUCAUGCAAGAAGGAUAUUGAGGAAGAUUUUCCACUACAAGACCACCGGACAGAGAAAAUAUCCAGAAUCUACUCCAACCCCAUUGAAUCUCCUCAAAAAUCCCAAAGUGAAGCAAAGCCAAGAAAAUAUAGGAUCAAAAAGAAAAGGAGCAAAAAAAGACUCAAGAAAAAAUUAAGAAAUUAUUCACUGAAGCCCAAAGCUGAGCCAAGUCCCAAAGAAGAGCAGGAUGAAGAGAAUUUAGGAAAUGAGUUAAUUCAAAGUUCGUCUAGAAAUUUAUUCCAGAGAUCUGAUAUCAAUGCUAUGGGAAGUAAUGAUUUAUCAAAGUUUGAAAAUUACAGAAUAUUGACAAGAGCCAGACAAAAGUCACUGCAGAUUGAAUCAACUACAUACAAUCCACAAACCUCAAGAAGUCAUAUUUAUGAAGAAAAGAAGGAAGAAUAUAAAUAUCUCCUAUAAACCCUCACAAUACCUCACCGUACUAAAACUUAUUACAAACU